AGCAGCAGCAGCAGCAGCACGCGCCGGUCUGUCCCGGGGGGUGCGAUGAUGGAGGUCCGACCUGACCGGUUUAAAGGGGAAGCGGCCAAAGUGCUGGCGAGGAUCCACCGUGUGUUAGAGAAGCGUCAGGAGGAGGAUGGAGGGAUUGAGCUGUGUGAUGGAGGAGUUCAGGUGGAGGAGAAGGUGGAGCCCAUGAUAGACUGUACGUGUUUUGGUUUGCCUCGGCGCUACAUCAUGGCCAUCCUAUGCGGUUUGGGCUUCUGCAUCUCCUUUGGCAUACGCUGCAACCUGGGAGUGGCCGUAGUAAGCAUGGUGAACGACCACACUACCUACAGGGGGAAUAAGGCCAUCAGAAUGAGAGCACAAUUCCUGUGGGAUCCGGAGAUUGUAGGUUUGAUUCACGGCUCAUUUUUUUGGGGUUACAUCGUCACUCAGAUUCCUGGAGGAUUCAUCUGCCAGAAAUUUGCAGCCAACAGAGUGUUUGGUUUUGCGAUUGUUGCCACGUCAACGUUGAACAUGCUAAUUCCGUCAGCAGCUCGUAUUCACUACGGGUGUGUGAUAGUAGUGAGAGUGCUGCAGGGACUGGUGGAGGGUGUGUCUUAUCCAGCAUGCCAUGGGAUCUGGGCUAAAUGGGCUCCACCCCUUGAGAGAAGCAGAUUGGCUACAACAGCGUUCUGUGGUUCUUAUGCUGGAGCUGUGAUUGCGAUGCCGCUAGCAGGAGUGUUAGUACAGUACUCAGGCUGGUCCUCGGUUUUUUAUGUUUAUGGUAGUUUUGGGAUCUGCUGGUACUUGUUCUGGAUUCUGGUAUCAUAUGAGAGUCCAGCUACUCAUCCAACCAUCACACCAGAAGAGAGGAAAUACAUCGAGGAGGCCAUCGGAGAGUCUGCAACAUUUGUAAACCCCCUGACGAAGUUCAACACUCCCUGGAAGAAGUUUUUCACCUCCAUGCCUGUUUAUGCCAUCAUUGUUGCAAAUUUCUGCCGCAGCUGGACUUUCUACCUGCUGCUAAUCAGCCAGCCAGCUUAUUUCAAAGAAGUGUUUGGAUUUGAGAUAAGCAAGGUUGGCUUCCUUUCAGCUCUUCCUCACUUGGUCAUGACCAUUGUUGUUCCCAUCGGUGGUCAGUUAGCUGAUUAUUUGCGCUGUAACCACAUCAUGAGCACAACCAAUGUCCGCAAGCUCAUGAACUGCGGAGGGUUUGGACUGGAGGCUACGUUCCUGUUGGUUGUUGGUUUUUCUCACUCUAAAGGAGUAGCCAUCUCUUUCCUUGUCCUUGCUGUGGGCUUCAGUGGCUUCGCCAUCUCAGGGUUCAAUGUGAAUCAUUUGGACAUUGCCCCUCGUUAUGCCAGCAUCCUGAUGGGCAUCUCUAACGGCGUGGGCACUUUAUCAGGCAUGGUGUGUCCUCUCAUAGUGGGAGCAAUGACGAAACACAAGACACGAGAGGAGUGGCAGUAUGUCUUCCUCAUUGCUUCCUUGGUUCAUUAUGGUGGUGUUAUCUUCUAUGGUAUUUUUGCGUCUGGAGAGAAGCAGGAUUGGGCCGAGCCAGAGAACACCAGCCAGGAGAAGUGUGGAAUUCUGGGAGAAGAUGAGCUAGCCAAUGAGACAGAGGAGCUGUACAGAACAGAGGGAAGGGCCUACGGGGCAACUGGCCACUCACGGGACCACAAGGGGGUGGAUCUUGGAGGGGGUGGAGCCAGCUUCGCCUCUGAGUGGAACAAAACGGAGGAAUUUGUUCAGCCGGAUGGAACGAACAGCUACCUGUAUGGAGGAGAGGAAGAGAGAGAGCUCACAUAGAGAUAGAGAGAGAGAGAGAGGUCAGAAAAAGAGACUGAUAUAUAUAUAUAUAUAUAUAUAUAUAUAUAU